AUGAAGGUCGAGCCUCGACAGCAGUACUUGCACGGCGCCUAUGGAGGCUUUGCCAAUACUCAGGUGGACUUCAAGCUGGAAGUGCGCACCUCCUUCACGCCUGGCCCCAUAGACUACCAGGCGGACCUGAGCCUCCAGGUUUGCCACUGCGGCUGGACCAAACUGACCAGCUUCAGGGGGUUGAGAAUUCACCAGGGGAAAAAGGGAUGCACGGAAAAAAGACUGAGGGUCCCAAAGAAAGAGCAGUACCACCAGGAAGAUCGCAGGAAACCGCCCGCACGGGAGAGAGUGAUUGUGAAGGAGGAGGUAUCAAGACCUCCAAGGAUGAGCAGCAGCUCUGCAGCAGCAGCAGCUUUCACGGUCAAGGAGGAGUAUAAAUCACCUCCUGCACUUCAUCCUCGCUCCUCCCGUGGAGCGCCGAGGUCCAGUUCAGCGCAUCAGCCUGUGGAUUUCUCCAUCCUUUCGCAGGUGAACAGACCAGCCAGGAAGCGUUCAGUCGCAGCGCAGAAGAAAAUACCACGACAGGCAUCACAGAAGACCGACAUAGAGGACUUGUUUAAUUACUUUGAAACAACCGCAGCCAGAAUCAAGGAGGAGCCCAAGUCACCGUUCGCUCCUUCUGACCCGCCUCUUCAAAGAACCUUAAAGACAGAGUCUGUCCAGCAGCUGCAGGACUUCUCUGGUGUUCAGGUUCAAAGGUCGUACAGGGAACCUCCCGCUGCACCGGCUGUCAGACCCAAAGAGAGGAGCCGCAGAGAUCCAACGCUGGCACUUGCGGGGGGUUCGUUCAGGCAGCUUCCACCAGUCACGGACCCGGGACACGAGGAGGACCAACUCUAUGUACAGGUGAACAUGUCAGUCCGGGAAGAUGCAGCCACUCCAGCUCUGGUCCCGGUUGGGAAGACGGAUCGGAGAUCGGCCUCUACGCGGCUGCGAGGAGGAAAAAAUGAAACUGGGAAGACACCCUGUGAGAAGUCGCUGCCCUCCUUUACGCGUCAGAAAGCCCCGGCGUCUCCGACCACGGCCACAGACGCAGUGGAGGAGAACAAGCCGCGUGCGUGCAGGAAGACGGACUCCCUCGGCGCAGGAACUAGUCCUCCAGCCACUCGAAUGAAGCAGCCUAGACUCACUCCAGCUUUUACACCACCACAACACUCCCUGAAGAAACCCAAAGACACAAAAGCAGGACAUCAGUUAGAGGAUUUCCCUGCUGCUGAACAGGUGAACACGUCAAGCAUCGAGGAAGAACAUCCAUCAGCUCCAACGGUGGUCCCAGUGAAGAGGAGGGACUCUGCUUCACUCACAGGAAAGCAGGAAACACCGGAAAGAUCUUCAGCCGGCCAAGGAAACGCAGGCCAAGAACUGACACAGGUGAAGACGGCAGUGAGGGAGAAGCCAGCGACUCCACCUGCGGUUCCGUUCAGGAAAAAGACGAAUCAAAAGAGUUCCAAGUCUCCGUUAUUCCAAGAAACCCUGAAUUAUUCACAGGAAAUGGAGGGGAGUGAUGGGGAACAUGUAGAAGACUAA